AUGGCUCACCGUGAGGUCCUGGACAACCUUCGAGGAAAGAAAUUCGACCAAGUGCUGCUCAAAAGGUUGAAGAUAAUGUUAGUAUCUGUUAAUGCGGUGCCGAAUGAUGCAGAGAAGAAGCAAAUGACAAACCCAGCAGCGAAGGAAUGUCUAGACGAGCUUGAAGAUGCUGCAUAUCAUGCAGACGAUCUGUUGGGUGAGAUUGCAGCGGAUGCUCUGCGGUACAAGUUGGAAGCUGAAUCAACAACUGGCACAAGUAGUAAGGAUCUCCUAGGUCUCAAAGUCAAAGAGGGUACUGUUGCUGAGAAACCAACAUCAAGAUCACAAACGACAUCUUUGGUAGAUGAAUCUGAGAUCUUUGGUAGAGAUGGGGAUAAGAAUGCUAUAAUCAAAUUGUUGCUUUCAGAUGAUGCUCACCAGGGUAGCAAAAAGGUGUCUGUGAUUCCAAUAAUAGUCCUGGAAGGGGUUGGUAAAACCACUCUUGCUAAAUUAGUGUACAAUGAUGACAAAGUUGAGAAGCACUUUAUGCUAAAGUCAUGGAUUUGUGUUUCUGAGAAGUUUGAUAUUCGUAAGGUAACAAAAACAAUCCUUGCUGAAUUAAUUCCAUCAGAUUCUAAUUAUGAUGGCACAAACUUGGAUUCCCUUCAAAGGAUGUUAAAAAAGGAGCUGGCAGGAAAGAAAUUCUUGAUUGUUUUAGAUGAAAUUUGGAAUGAGAAUUACAAUGAUUGGAAGGAACUGAGCUUGCCUUUUAACCACGGGGCUCAAGGAAGCAAGAUUAUUGUAACUACAUGCAAUGAAAAAGUUGCAGCCAUCAUGAGCACUUUUCUAACUCCUUAUCGUCUUAAGCUCUUAGAAAAUGAAGAUUGUUGGAAGCUCUUUGCUAAGCAUGCAUCUGACAAUACUAGAGACUAUAGUGCGUAUCACGUCCUGGUAAAAUAUCAUGAAGAUAUUGUCAAGAAAUGA